AUAUAUAUAUACACUAUAUACACUAUACACUAUAUGUACACUAUAUACACUAUACACUAUAUGUACACUACAUAUACUAUACACUAUAUGUACACUACAUAUACUAUACACUAUAUAUACACUAUAUAUACUAUACACUAUAUAUACACUAUAUAUACUAUACACUAUAUAUACACUAUAUAUACACUAUACACUAUAUAUACACUAUAUAUACACUAUACACUAUAUAUAUAUACACUAUAUAUACUAUACACUAUAUAUAUACACUAUAUAUACUAUACACUAUAUAUAUACACUAUAUAUACACACUAUACACUAUAUAUACACACUAUAUAUACACACUAUACACUAUAUAUACUAUACACACUAUAUAUACACUAUAUAUACUAUACACACUAUAUAUACACUAUAUAUACUAUACACACUAUAUAUACUAUACACACUAUAUAUACUAUACACACUAUAUAUACUAUACACACUAUAUAUACUAUAUAUACUACACACACUACACACACUACACACACACUACACACACACUACACACACACACUACACACACACUACACACACACACUA